AUGAUUAUUAUUAUACGGGGUUUAUCUCGUCAUCCAUUACCUGAUGAAACUGACAGUGAUUUUCAAAAUGAUUGUCUCAAUAGCAGUAAUAAUUAUCGACAAUAUCAUGAGUCACCUGAUUUUGUUUUAGAUCAAUCGCUAGUAGACUAUGCUAAGUCCCGGUGCCAAACUAUAUCACAAAAUGAGGGAACACUUAGUCACGAUGGUCUAGACAAGGGUAUUGGCGAAAAUUUGGCAUGGAUGUGCAAAUGGGGCAGUAAAAUGUGUACUGGACAACAAGCUGUAGACAUGUGGUACGCUGAAGAAAAACAUUACAACUAUAGUGAUCCAAAAUAUUCGCCCAAAACCGGACACUUUACCCAAUUAGUCUGGAAAGACACUGUUCACGUAGGCUGUGCCCGUUGUUUUGGUCGCGGCCCGCGCGGCAAUGAGACAUAUAUUGUGUGCAAUUAUAAACCGCGCGGCAAUAUUGUUGGCUAUAAAAAUGUAUUUUUUCGUAGAAAUGUUUUAGAUCCGGAAUAUUAG